UCGAUGGAUGUCAGGAGAAAUAUUAUCAUUGCUGGCUUCUAAAUUAAUGUGCAUUGCAAUAACGAAACAUGAAUAUCGUUGUGUGGGAAUGGGAGGGAGAUCAUAACAUUUGGACUCCAUAUAGUGCAAAUGUAACACAUUAUUUCGAGACGAGUGCUCAAAGUGGUAAAAUGAACGUGAAUCUUGGUGAUGUUGACCAAAGUUUAGCUUGUUAUGUUGUGRAUUUAAAAAUGAAGACACAAACUCGCUUUGACACUGGUAUGAUGAGACGGGUCAGGAGAACUUUGUAUCCAUCAUUUUAUCCAUGUGGCCAGGGAAUUUCAUGGCAAUGGUAUAAUGACGUUAGAUGGGUAUCAUACGACAUGGAAACAGCACAUACUAUUGAAGAACAAUACCAGAAAAAUAACAAAAGUAUUAGUAUUGAUCUUGAAGUCACUAGGCUUGGAAUCCCUAACUGUAUUGAACUAAGUAGAAUGGUGCAAGUAAACAAAUUUACAUUAACUGAGAGGAAAAUKCAAAGAAAAGUAGACAAUUCUUUCCAGUAUCCUAGAGACAGUGAAAAUUCUGCUUUAAAAAGUCCUUCGAACACUUUUAAAAAUACAUCACUGUCUUUGUCAGCACAUGGUACUAUUCCAGCUGCAUCUAGUUCCCRCACACAAUCUUUGAAUAAUCAUGAUGCAUCAAUAGAGAAGGAAAUUCAGAGUCCACACAAAAGAAAGAAAAUGACUGGUAAUGACAGCAAUGAUCCAGUUCUAUAUUUGUACUGCAAGGCUUCCACCAAACAUGAUGAUUUAGAUGAGGAGUGCUCCAUUUGCUUUGAAAAGCUAAAAGAUAUUUCUGGUUUUUAUGACAGCAGUUUAAACGCUGCAUCAAAUGUUGAUGUACGAGAACUGAAAAAAUGUCCUCACAAGUUUCAUGGUGCAUGCUUACUAGCACUUAUAAAAACAAGCGCCAAGGAGGGRUGGCUGCAAUGUCCAACAUGUAAGGUUAUACAAGGAGUAAAGCAAGGAACUCAGCCUAAAGAUGGUACAAUGAAUAUAUCAAGACAAGGACAAAGUCUUCCUGGUCAUCCUGGCUGUGGUAUGAUCACUAUCACAUACAACUUCAAAUCAGGAAUACAGGGUCAAGAGCACCCUCAUCCUGGUAAACAUUACCAUGCGUCAGGAUUUCCAAGAUUAUGUUAUCUUCCAGACAAUGCUAAAGGUCAAAAGGUACUAAAGUUGCUGCAAAAAGCAUGGAAAAGAAGACUCAUUUUUACAGUAGCAACAUCCAACACUACAGGACAAGAUGACACCAUUGUAUGGAACGAAAUACAUCACAAGACUGAACCAUUUUCCAACAUUUCUGGUCAUGGUUAUCCUGACCCCAAUUACCUGGAUAAUGUCUUAACUGAGCUAUCUAUACAAGGAGUUGAUGAUGAAUAGAGAGUAUUAUACAAUUUGUCAAAAAUAGUACAUUUAUAAUGRAGAAUUUAUGAUUAGUAUUAGGACUGCUUUAACUGAGUAGCUGAYAUUUCAAAGCUGAAUUUUUUUGCAUAAUAUGUUUUAACCAUAAAUAAGCAUUAUUAGAGAGAGUCCAAUUAAAUUAAAAAACUKUAUUUAGCAAGAAAAAAUCAGAAGUAUCAUGAAAUUGCCCAUGGUAUGAUAGUUUUAACCGUCAGAAUGUCAUAUGAUAUAAUGAUGAUAUUGCCAAUGCCUCUUGUUUGCCUGGAUAGAGUGCAUGCAACAUAAGAGUAAAACAGUUCUUAACAAAUUAGCGCCUGAUAAGAUUUAGUUAUCAACUAGCUAAGAAUUCAGUGAGGCAUAAACAAAGACAAUUUCCAUUUUGGCAUUGUGUCCAUGCCCCAGUGAAUUCUUAGUUAGUUGAUAACYAAAUCUUAUUAGUUGUUGAUUGUUAAGAAUUGUUUCAUGCUUUUUUGGCGUGCACUCUACUCUCUUGGCAUAAUUAAUGUUUGCAAUGGAUGGAUAAAUGGAAAACUAUGUAAAAGCUUGGUUUCCCUGUCUCACUUCACUUGCUCUUCCCUAAAAAAACAUGGCCAAAAUAGGCCAAAAAGGCAUUUCUAUUCUAGGCAACAGUGAAAUUAUAAGUUUAAAAAUAGCAGCAUAAUAACAAGGAUGAGGUGCCAUAGCCCUCUAUACCAUGACCAUGAUCCGUGAUUUUUUUCCAAUGCAGUUAUCAAUUGUCAGUUAUUUUUGUGCUUCCGGUGAAACCUUGACUGGAGGUCUUCCAUGCUUCUAAGUGCUCUCAGAUGCCACUGAAAUUAUCUUUCAUGSUGGUUGUCUAAAUGAGGUCAAAAACUAUCUUAUCAAGUGGUUAAAAUUAGUAUCAGGCCUGUAGGCUGCCUUACAAAUGGGGGGGAUUCAUGUUAUUUUUUUUUUUUUUUUCAUAAUGCUGAUCUAAAUUAAAUGUUUUAGUUCAAUGCAAAGGUAUAGUGUGUAAAAACUGCCUUCUAGAAUGAGCAGUUCAUAACAAAAGAAUUUGAAACAAAAAAGAGAAACACUGGACC